UACCUGGAGGUUACCUGGAGGUUACCUGGAGGUUAUUCAGGGGAUCAACGCCCCCGCGGCUCGGUCCAUGACCAGGCCUCCCGAUGGAUCAGGGCCUGAUCAACUAGGCUGUUACUGCUGGCCGCACGCAGUCCAACGUACGAGCCACAGCCCGGCUGAUCCGGCACUGACUUCAGGUGGCAGGGAGGGAGUUGAGGGUUCCAGAUCCCUUCCUCAGGCUACAGGGAAGGUGUUGUGGCAUCCAAUCCCUUUAUCUAAGCAGGAAGGUGGAUGUUACGAUGCUCAUGAUCCUCUUCCAGACAACAAGUGUGAGUGUGUUACGUCCUCCAGGAUCACCUUCAGUCCAACAGGGAGUGUUUUACGUCCUCCAGGAUCACCUUCAGUCCAACAGGGAGUGUUUUACGUCCUCCAGGAUCAUCUUCAGUCCAACAGGGAGUGUGUUACGUCCUCCAGGAUCAUCUUCAGUCCAACAGGGAGUGUUUUACGUCCUCCAGGAUCACCUUCAGUCCAACAGGGAGUGUGUUACGUCCUCCAGGAUCAUCUUCAAUCCAGCAGGGAGUGUGUUCAGUCCUCCAGGAUCACCUUCAGUCCAACAGGGAGUGUUUUACGUCCUCCAGGAUCACCUUCAGUCCAACAGGGAGUGUUUUACGUCCUCCAGGAUCACCUUCAGUCCAACAGGGAGUGUUUUACGUCCUCCAGGAUCACCUUCAGUCCAACAGGGAGUGUUUUACGUCCUCUAGGAUCGCCUUCAGUCCAGCAGGAAGUGUGUUACGUCCUCCAGGAUCAUCUUCACUCCAGCAGGGAGUGUGUUCUGUCCUCCAGGAUCACCUUCAGUCCAGCAGGGAGUGUGUUCUGUCCUCCAGGAUCACCUUCAGUCCAGCAUCCUUUGAAAUUUGCUGGACUUGCUCCCUCAGACAAGGAUACAACAUAAGGUCACUGGCGGCUUGUCUCAAGGUUGCCUCACUAACAGGAAAUGUUGUUGAGCGGCUUCACCUAGUGAGUAGUAGAGUGUGGGGUUGCUUUAUGCACGUGUGUGUGCCUGUGUGUACUCACGUAUAUGUGGUUGCACGGGUCGAUUCUCAACUCCUGGGCUCCGUGCGUAUGUGUGUGGAAAAUUAGUGAAGUAGAUUUCUCGCUACGGCUCGACGAAUCCACCUAAAUGUUUGUGCUGUAUAUACAUGAAUCUUCUGUUGAACAAGAAAUGUUUAUUUACCAGUCUCUUGCUACCAAAAACACGACUACAUAAACAUUACAGUCUGAUCAAUACGUUCAAGGAGAAACAUGAAAUAUUCUGUGUGAUAAAUGGUUUGAAAACCGACAAGUUGAAGAUUGAGAUACUUAUGCAAUAUAUGGGGAUCUUUAUUAACUAAACG